AUGGGCCCGUACGUUCCUCCUGGACAGUCGCCGCCAUUCCAGGUGGUGGAUGACCUGCACCAUGGCGCCUGGAUCAUCAUAACGGCCGCCUUGGGAUUGGUGGUCUCCUUGGUCUGCCUAUUCAUUCGAGUCUAUGUGCGACUGGCACUUUGUCCUCCUUUCGCAUCUGAUGACUAUGUCUUGCUUGGAGCAACUCUUAUCGCAAUAAUACAAUCCUCACUUGUCUUUGAGGCUGCAUCGCAGGGGUUCGGGACAUCGAUCAAGCUGCUAGAACAAUAUCAAAUCGAUAAGAUCCAGACGGUAAGUAAAGCCCAGCUGCAAGUCGCAAGACCCAACGGUGCAUGUUUCCAUCUUUUAACACCACAAUUUCAGUUGAUCACAGUCAGCGAUGUUCUCUACCUUAUCACAAUCUAUGUCUCCAAGUGCUGUGUUGUAGGCAUUUACCUACGUCUCACCCCGCAGAAAGUCCACAAUCGAAUUUCAUGGGCUACUCUCGUCCUGUGCACCCUAUGGAUCAUUCCGAGUGCCUUCAUCCUCGCUAUUAACUGCGAGAUGAAUCGGCCUUGGACGACCUCAGGAGGGCAGUGCCGACAUCUGCUCGAACGAUGGGCAUUCAUCACGGCAAUGGACAUACUAACCGAACUAAUCCUCUUCGCUCUAGCAGUCACAUUGCUCCAGGGCCUCUUCAUGCCCGUCAGGCGCAAAUUCACCAUUGGCUCUGCUUUUUUCUUCAGGCUCCCCCUAAUCAUCUUCUCCGUCUUCCACAUAUACACCCUGAAGGGCCACUAUCAUUCCCCCGAUCCCACUCUCUCCGUCGUGACCUCCAAGAUCUGGUCCCAGGUCGAACUCAACUACGCCCUCACCGCGUGCAGCGUAUUCUGCCUGCGCCCUUUCAUGGCAGCCGUAAGCACCAACUACGGUACAGCCGGGGAUUCGAACCUGAAGAACAGCAAUGCCUCCGGCACGCCGAAGGGUGAUAGCUCCGCGUCCAAAUCCCAGGGCGGUUCUGCGUCUGCGCCACGGACAAGAGUCGGUCUCCCGGGAGAAGAGAGAAGGACAUGGCGGUCCUUGUGGUGGGAGCAGAUGAAGAAGGAGAAGAACCGGGGGGAUUGCGAGAAGGGGCACCAGGUGACAGGGGGUCUUGCUUCUGAUCAAGCGGCCACGGAAACCAUUGAACUGGUGGAACAACAGGGGAUAAUCACCGCGGAAUGUGCCAGGGGCUCCAAAAUGAUCAUCCGGAAGGAUGUCCAGUACUCGGUUGAAUAUAAUCGAAAGAAAUCGGAUGCAAGUCUGAGUACCGAAGCACAAGGUUGGGAUCGUUAUCUCGGUAGCGGUCCAUGA